AUGGGAAAUUUUCCUUCUGAAGCCCAAAUCAAGGAGACUGAAAAAAUGAUCGAUCCGUUAGGGAGCGGGCUGGUUAAGCUUUCUGAUCUUAAGCAUAUCCUCACCACGGUCGGUGAGAAGAUGGCGUCUGAAGAUGUGGAUUCCCUUUAUAGACUUUUGGGAUAUUCAAAUGUAGAUAUGGCCGUCUCCUAUGAAGGUAAAAGCAUCUCCAACCUUCUUGCUUGCUAG